GAUGCAGAUUGCCACCGUUGUUCGCCAGCAAAUCGUCGCUCUGCUACUUUUGGCCUUGUUCUCUGCCGUUGCAGCUGCAUCCAUGCACGAGUCGUCAUCGUCGUCGUUAGACUCGCAUCACGAUCGAGCAGCGGCGUUCUUGAAUGAGCGUGCUGCGGCUGGCCACACCAACAACUGGGCAGUCUUGGUGGCCACGUCAAAGUACUGGUUCAACUACCGGCACACUGCGAAUACGCUGGCAAUGUAUCGGAGCGUGAAACGGCUCGGAAUACCAGACUCGAACAUUAUUCUGAUGCUCGCAGACGACAUGGCGUGCAACACGCGAAAUCCAUUCCCAGGAACAGUGUUUCACAAUACCAAGCGGGAAAUCAACGUUUAUGGCGAAAACAUUGAGGUUGACUACCGCGGUUCCGAGGUCACUGUUGAGAAUUUCUUGCGAGUGCUCACAGGCCGGUUCCCGGAGCACGUACCGCGUUCCAAACGCCUUCUUUCCGACGACAGGAGCAACAUUUUGGUAUAUAUGACUGGACACGGCGGUGACGAAUUUCUCAAGUUCCAAGACUCUGAAGAAAUAUCAAGCCGCGAUAUUGCUGAUGCCUUUGAGCAAAUGUGGCAAAAGCGAAGGUACAACGAAAUCAUGUUCGUGAUUGACACGUGCCAAGCGAAUACAAUGUACUCCACCUUCUACUCUCCGCACAUCCUCGCAUGCGGCAGUGCCGCGUUGGGCGAAACAUCCUACUCGCAUCACGCCGAUCCUGUGCUCGGCGUUGCUGUUGUCGACCGUUUCACGUAUCACGCACUUGAAUUCUUGGAGAGUGUCAGGCCAGAUUCCUCGGCAACGAUUGCCGACUUUUUCAAAGUCUUUGACUGGAGUGCACUCUCCUCGACAUUUGGCUAUCGUGAUGAUCUUUUUGGGCGCGAUAUCAAGCAGGUUCGACUUACAGAAUUCUUUGGCAACGUGCAACCAAUAGAGCUCCUCGAGCCGCGGGUUGUGGAAGACAGCGAGGCUCGCGCGCAGCUUGUCCAGCGUGUUUUGAAUGCGUAUCGGACAGAGGAGCCGGAGGUCAGCAAGGUCGCACCGCUCGUGUCCGACUCAUCGACCGAUUCCUCUUCUUGGCAAAGCAAGUUUACGUUGAUACCACCGACUCCCUUUGUGCACAACAAGGCGUAUUGGUCUGUUAUUGGGACUAUCGCUGUAUUGACAGCCACGCUGGUGGUGCUGGAAUCGCUGAAGCGAUAGCCAUCCUUCCGAAACUUUUGUUACUGCUUUGAUGACUUGUUCAGACCAAUAAUUAUAUAUUGCGGG